GCUCAAUUUCAAAAAUGGCGGCCGUCGUGCAAGAUCACGAUGCUAAAGUAGAAGAUGAAAAUGAAGAAAUCAGAGAUGAUUUAAAUGAUGAUGACGCUGAGGAUGAAUUGAGUGCUAAAGAUCCAGCUAAGAAAAAGAAAAAAAAGAAGAAGAAAAAGAAAGCAUCAACAGCUCAAGAUGGAGUUACAGAUAAUUCCGAAGAUACUGAAAUUAUAACAACUAAAUUGCAGAAACAAGUAAUUGAUGGAGAUGCCAGUAAUAGAGAUGCUGAUGGUGAAGAAGAUGUUAAAGGUGAUUCCUGUGAAGCAAGUAAGAAGAAGAAAAAGAAGAAAAGCAAAGGAACCUCAGCUGUCAAGCAACAAACUGAUCCCCCAUCUAUUCCUAUUCAUGUCCUCUAUCCUGAUGGAAAUUUCCCAGUUGGGGAAGAAGUUGAUUAUCCUUCACCAACAGAUGGCCGUACUGCGAAGGAUCGAGUUACUUCUGAAGAAAAAAAAGCUGUGGAGCAAGACUUAUACAAAGAUGUUUACCGAGAGAUUAGACAUGCAGCUGAAGCACAUAGACAAACAAGACAAUACAUCAAACGUUACAUAAAACCAGGAAUGACAAUGAUAGAUAUUUGUGAAGAAUUAGAAAAAACAGCUAGGACUUUAAUUGCUGAAAAUGGACUUCAAGCUGGUUUAGCAUUUCCUACUGGAUGUUCAUUAAAUAAUUGCGCUGCUCACUAUACGCCGAAUGCUGGUGAUACAACUGUUUUGCAAGUUGAUGAUGUUUGUAAAAUUGAUUUUGGCACCCAUAUUAAUGGGCGUAUAAUUGAUUGUGCCUUUACCCUCACAUUUAAUCCAAAGUAUGACAAACUGCUUGAAGCUGUAAGAGAAGCAACAAACACUGGAAUCAAGGAAGCUGGAAUAGAUGUUAGAUUGUGUGACAUUGGAGAAGCUAUUCAAGAAGUUAUGGAAUCAUAUGAAGUAGAAUUAAAUGGCAAAACAUACCCAGUUAAAUCUAUUCGAAAUUUGAAUGGUCAUUUAAUUGGACAGUAUCGCAUACAUGCUGGUAAAACUGUGCCUAUUGUGAAAGGUGGAGAAGCAACAAAAAUGGAGGAAGGAGAGUUUUAUGCAAUUGAAACUUUUGGAAGCACUGGGAAGGGAUAUGUUCAUGAUGAUAUGGAUGUAUCUCAUUAUAUGAAGAAUUUUGAUGCUGGUCAUAUCCCUCUUAGGCUAGCACGUUCCAAGCAGUUAUUGAAUGUGAUCAAUCAAAAUUUUGGAACUCUUGCAUUCUGCAGGCGUUGGUUGGACCGUUUAGGGCAAACAAAAUAUCUGUUGGCUCUUAAGGACUUAUGUGACAAGAAUAUUGUUGAUCCAUAUCCACCUCUUAGUGACAUAAAAGGUUCUUAUACUGCCCAAUUUGAACACACUAUUUUACUGCGCCCUACUUGUAAAGAAAUUGUUAGCAGAGGAGAAGAUUAUUAACAGAUAGUACAUAAAAAAUAUUGAUGAAUUGAACUUUUAUGAAAUAAUCUUUGAAUGUUUUCAUUUUCUUUUGUUGAUGAGCUUUCAUUUUAAAACUGUUUGCUGUUUCAAUAAAAUGAAAUUUUUAUAAUUGUGAUUUUGAUUGAUAUGGCCAAAUGAUCUUAGGAUUUAUUUGUUUUUUAAUUGCUCAAACUAGACAUAUUUAUUUUUGAACUGUUGAAGAAUAAUAAUUUUUUGCAAGUUUAGGCUAUGUGAAAAAUUUUGAAUAGCAUUUUUGUUUGAAAUUCGGUUAAAAUUGGUACUAGUUAUAAUCACUGGGCUCAAAGAGUUAGAAACUAUUACUAAAGAGUUUACUGUUAAGAAAUUGAAUUUUUUAAAUUGUGAAUAUUAAAAUGUGCUAUAAAUGUGUACUUGGAUUCUUCAUUUAUUUGAAUAAUCCUGUACUAUUUUUUAAAAUACUCUGUAAAACUGCUUCAUUAAUUUUACUGACUUUUUUAGUAAGCAUUUUCAUUUACUACUCUAUUCAGUUUUUGCAUAAAAUGUUAUGUGUUUUUUUCUUUUCCUCCUAUGUCAUAAGGCUGUGGCAUUAUCCAUCAUAAGCCUCCUAGCAGCCCAAUAUGGUUAAGCCUUUGUUUUGGCUGCACAGGCAAACCUCGUUACUCAUUUAGCACAACCCAGGAGGUGCUUGUAGCUUAAAGGAUGCUACGAAUGCGAGUAACACUACCCCAAAAAAAAUUUAUAGUGCCUGUCAUCAUAUUAAAUGUGUUUUCUGUCUGAAAAAGAAACCACUGGAAAAUGCCUGGUGACCCAGAAUAAGGAUCAUUCAUAUUUUAAAAAAAUUGUUUCAUUUUCCUUUUUGAUCUGUAUAAUUUUUAAUUUAACUGAAUUGUCUUGGGUUUUUUUACAUAUUUUUUACAGCUUUUUUUUACUAUUAAUAAUGUCAUCACAUUACAAAUAUGUUUUCACUAGGUGAUUAUUAAAAAACCAUGAGUUUAGAAAGCUCUGAAGAGCAACUGUAUUCAAAGCAAAACAUUUAUUAUUAUUAUUGUAUAAAGCUAUUUAAUUGGCAAACUUAUGAACUGUAUGGGCAUUUAAUAUCAAAAAAAAAAAAAAAAUAUGAUAAUAAUAAUAAUAGCAAAUAUUACAAAUGUGUUUUCAAUGUCUUUUAAAUGCCUCUAAUAUCUUGAAGCUCUUAUUAAAAAUUGUGUCCAUUAAAAUCUUGAAAAAUUUAAAUGUUGAAAGCCACUGAAAUUUAUUUACAGCCCACCCCCACGAAAAAAUGCUUAUAAAGAAACAAAUAAAAAGAAACUUGACCUGUUUUUAUUUUAAAUUAUCUUUAAAAUGUUGUUUUAGAUUUCUUCCUAUUGUGUUCCAAGAAAAAUGCACAACUUCUAUGGGCCAUUUAAAACACAUACAUUUUUACUUCUCAGUAUGUAUCAAGUAGCAUUGAUUGAAAUGUUAUCAGAAUACUUUAGCAUAGCUUUGCGUUUAAAAUUGUCAUAUAAUGCUCAAAAUAUUGUGGAUGAAAUUAAAGCAUUACAAUUCUGGUCUUUUAAUGUAUAAUAAAAUACAAGUAUUUAAGCCACAUGAUCUGGAGACAAAAUCAAUCGUAUGAAAUUAUCUUUAUUGAUGUAGCUAGGGAAAUAACAAAGUACUUAAAUUUAAGGACCUUGUCCAACAUUUAGUUGUAUUUGUAAGUUUCUAAAGUUGAAAUUAAAAUUGGUUUGAUCAAUUACUUCAUUUCUUGAAAUUGUGCAAAACAUAUUGUUGUCUUAGAGCAACUGUAAGACAUCUAAGCCUGAAAAUAACAGUAAGGUGUCCUACCGUUGCUCUGAGGAUCUGAUAAAUAUAUUUUACAUAUUAAAUUACAAAUGCAAAUUUAUUAUAAAGCAUGCAGUUGUAUGAAUUCUUGGAUAUGAAAAAAGAUGAAACUAACUAAAAAAUAAUAAUAAUAAAAUAUUCCUGAUCUUUAAGUAUAGCAGCAAAUUUCAAGUGUUGCUAGUAUUGUAUAAAAAUUUUGAAGUAAAAUUUACUACUCAAUUUUAACACUUAACUAAUUAUUAGUAUUAAGCUAAAUUCCAGUUUCUUGUUCGAUUGUAACUUUUUAAAUUUUAAUAAUUAAGGCCAAACAUAAAUUUUAUUUAUCUUUGGUCUAAUGUGAGUAAAUACUGUGCAAAAGCUAUUUUUCUAAAUAUGAUGAGAGAGCAAAUUUCUCUUGAACUACUGGAAAUGUACUUUAUGAAGAAUAUUUGUACCCAUUGUUUCUUUAUUGAAUGUACAAAAUCUAUCUUUUGCCAUAUUAAAAGAAAAUCAUGUACCCA